AUGUGUGCCUUGCUUACUGUAUUAUCCUCUGCCGAGGCGACAAAUGUAAGCUAUUGGGCCUAUAUACCUAAUCCACCUAUGAUGGAACCUGCACCUUGGGGAAGUGCAGAUAUUCCUGUCUAUACCUCCCCUGUAAUACUUUCGCCUCCUUGGAAGAAUCUUACUUAUCUUAAUCAGGAUGAUGGCACCUCAUUUAAUUUUUCAUACAAAGGGGAUGGUCCUUACAUUUGUCUGGGCCCAUCACCGUGUGCCGAGAUGGAUUGGCAGAACUGGAUCCUGCCGGGGAAUAAGUCUAAUGGAUCCCGAACUCAUUUACAAAGAGUUGAAGCAUGGUCUCUUAACAUGACAUGGGGAAAUGUUACAUUUGCUGAAUUCCCCUCAUUUCCUGCCUGUCCUGAUUUCACUUAUAUCGGACUGGCCUAUGAACCAUUUGUGUGGCAGGAAUGUAUUGGAAAAUUCGUGAAAUUUUAUAAGAAUUUACUUAUGUGGGGACCAUAUGGUCAAUUUCUUCGGAAUUGUUCCGAAUGGAAUAAGACAUGUUGUGAUUUGUCCUUAUCCUACAGGAUGCCACCACGGAACAAAUGGAAUGAAUCAAUGGUGAAUCAUCAGUUGAUGGCCUGGGGAGAUGGCGGCAUCGCAGACCCUCGUAUAGCACAUCAGAAAUUUCCUGACCAUAUCCAAACGCACUUAUGGAAGAUUGCAGCUGUGCUUAAGACUGUUAGACUUUACGAGGGAACCUUUUCUGGCACCGUGAAUUCUGCAUCAACUUAUAAAUUCACCUCAUUUAAAGAGAUAAAUGUAACUGCAUGCGUACCUUUACCAUAUCUAUUUCUGAUAGGGAAUUUUAGCUUUGAUAACGGUAUUAACUGUACCAAUUGUCGACUAUAUUCUUGCAUUAAUAGCUCUAUAGAAUUUGACUCCGAAUAUUCUCUUAUGAUUUUACAACAACGUUCUCAUAUUUGGCUUCCGGUAGAUCUAGAACGACCAUGGGCUCAAAAUCCUGUAGAUGUCUUAGUAUUGGAGUUUUUUAAAAGGGUACUAAAGCGCACCAAACGUUUUCUCGGUAUUGUUGUGGCAGUCAUUUUAAUUUUAAUCGCAGUUACUACUAUAGCUACGGUAUCAGGCAUAGCUUUACAUACAUCUUUGCAAACUAAGCAUUUUGUAGAAGACUGGCACCAUAACUCUCGGGAUCUUUGGCUUUCACAAACCAUGAUCGAUACUCGCUUACAAACACAAAUAGAUGUCCUCAGACAGACGGUGAGCUGGUUAGGGAAAAAGGUUUUGACACUAGAAAGGCAAGUUUGGCUGCGUUGCGAUUGGAAUUCCACAACUUUUUGUGUUACCAAUUUAAAAUACAAUGAGUCGCAGCACGAGUGGAGCAUCAUCCAAAGUUAUUUAGAAGGUAAUUCCUCAGCUACUGACAUGAUCAAUAACCUACACACGAACAUUCAGGAGGUAUUUGGCAGACCAUUUGAGACUGAAGAUGCCGCUACGUUGGCCAAUUUACUUCUUAAGCAACUUAAGGGACUAGAUCCAAAAGAGUGGCUGUACCCACUUUGCUUUCAUACCGACAGUGCAUGA